GCUACAGCGUCAGUUCGGAGCUUUUCAUGGAUGGCGUGUACUGGACAAUCAAAUACGAGCUCCAGGUGGCGAAGUUCAUGUCAGGCUUUCAAGGAUAUCCAAAGCUCAGCGCAGGGGCCAAGCAAUGGGCAGCGUCGACGCAUAUGCCAGAGAACGAAGCUGACAAUUUCGGUCCCGUGUUUCAUGUGACUGCUGUGUGGAUCCACGCGCUACGGUGGGACCAGAUCCAGGAUGCUGAUGUUUGGAUCAGCUUUGACCGGUUUCACCCAGAGUACGAGAUGGUUCCGGAGACUGCGCCGUGA